GGGGCAGCAGCCGCGCCGUGAGCGCCGGGGGCUGGAGCGGAGCGGCGGGGCACCCCCGGAGGAGGGCGGCGGGGAGGAGGAGGAGGACGGACGCGGGGUCCGCCUGACCGGGUGUAUCGUGUCCGCAGGGCAGCCGCCGCGGUCCGUCGUCCCCGGGAGCGGAGCCGCGGGUUGUCGCCGGCCUCCUGCCGGGUUUUGUUUUGGGUUUUUUUUUGUUUAUUUUUUCCAUGAGUCGGGGACGGGCAGCGCUCCUCGCCCGUUCCCCCGGCUCCGGCUCCGUCUCCGGCGGCGGCCCGGCGUGGCGGAGGCGACGGUGAGAUGGGGGGUAGCCUGGGCUGCCACCGCUCCAUCCCCCGCGACCCGGCGGACCUGUGCCACAGCCGCAAGUUCAGCGCGGCGUGCAACUUCAGCAACAUCCUCGUCAACCAGGAGAGGCUCAACAUCAACACGGCCACGGAGGAGGAGCUGAUGACCCUGCCCGGGGUCACCCGGGUGGUGGCCCAGAACAUCGUGGAGUACCGGGAGUACAUCGGCGGCUUCAAGAAGGUGGAGGACCUGGCGCUGGUGAGCGGGGUGGGGGCGGCCAAGCUGGAGCAGGUGAAGUUCGAGAUCUGCGUGAGCAGCAAGGGCAGCUCGGCGCAGCACUCGCCCAGCUCCCUGCGCAAGGACCCGGCUUCCGAGCACCACCUCUCCGCCACCAAGAUCAACAUCAACACCGCCACCCCAGCCCAGCUCAUGAGCAUCCGCGGCGUCACCGAGAAGAUCGCCAACAGCAUCGUGGACUACCGUAAAGAGCACGGGCCCUUCAAAAGUAUUGAGGACUUGGUGAGGAUGGACUGUAUCAAUUCCUCCUUUCUGGACAAAAUCAGGCAUCAGAUUUUUGCGGAGAGGUCCCGGCCCCCUUCGACGAACACCAAUGGUGGCCUCAACUUCACGGCCAAGCCUCACCCCAGCCCCACUUCUCUGAGCCUCCAGAGCGAGGACUUGGACUUUCCUCCUGGGGGUCCAACCCAGAUCAUAUCUACUCGCCCCUCUGUGGAGAUGUUCGGGGGGGUGAGAGACGGCAGACCCGUGCUGAGGGUGGCUACCUGGAACCUGCAAAGCUGCUCCAUUGAGAAAGCCAACAACCCAGGUGUGCGGGAGGUUGUGUGCAUGACGCUGCUGGAGAACAGCAUCAAGCUUUUGGCUGUGCAGGAGCUGGUCGAUAGAGAAGCUCUGGAAAAGUUUUGUACGGAGCUGAACCAGCCGACGCUGCCAAACAUCCGCAAGUGGAAGGGCCCUAGAGGAUGUUGGAAGGGUGUUGUUUCCGAAAAACCCUCGGGCCAGCUACACAAGGGAGUUGAGUAUUCUGGCUUCCUCUGGGAUACAACAGCUGGCAUUGAACUGAAAGAUGCUUCAUCUCAGGAGAGUGCACAGACUAAUGGCAAUGGGAGGCACUCAUAUCCUCACCCGUAUCUUGCACAUUUCAAGGUUGGGAUGAAUGAUUUAACGCUGGUUAACCUUCAUCUGGUCUUGUCGCCCUCGGCCGGAGAGAAUACCGGGAAGAACCACGACAGCCACAAACUGGCAGCCUUUGCGCAAACUUUGCAGGAGACUCUGAAAGGAGAAAAAGAUGUCAUCAUCCUUGGAGAUUUUAACCAGGCCCCUGACAGCAGUGACCAUGACAUCCUGAGGAAGGAGAAGUUCCAUCACCUGGUCCCUUCCAGCACCUUCACCAACAUCAGCACAAAGAACCCACAAGGGUCCAAGUCGCUGGAUAACAUCUGGAUCAGUCGGAGCUUGAAAAAGGUUUUCACAGGCCACUGGGCUGUUGUGCGAGAAGGUCUUACAAACCCAUGGAUCCCCGAUAACUGGUCCUGGGGUGGGGUGGCUUCGGACCACUGCCCCGUGCUUGCUGAAUUUUACCUGGAAAAGGACUGGAGCAGGAAGGAGGUGACACGGAAUGGGAACGGGGUGACAGUCGAACGCAACGACUCCCACGCUAAGCAUGAACGAUGACGUGAACUUGAGGGUGCCUCUUCUGCCCCCCAGGGUGCAGCCAAAGGCUCUGCUCGCUCGUGGCUCAAGCGGCAGAGCAGGACUGUCUCCCCUUUUCCUUCCUUCCCGCUCUCCUCCCCACGCCUAGAAAGCAUCAGCACUUGAUUUUGGUGGCCCUGGCUUUGUGCCCCUCCUCGGACAGUUGUGCGGUGUCUGAGGGGGCUCAUGGCAGUGAAGCAAUUUGCAACUUUUUCUGGGGACACAGAGGACAUUUCCAUGCCUGGAGAUUUGGAUGAGAAUUGUACAGAAAAUAAAGUGUACUUUUAAUACUGUACAGGAUCUUUGCUAAAAUGCAGCCGAGGAGGGCUUUGCUGUGAGGGUGAGGGGGGAGUGAUGGUUAUUUUCCUUUGCCUCCUUGUAAAUUGAGGGAAUAAGAGAGGCCCCAAAAAGAGAGACACUGUGGAAAUUCUUGGCAGGUUGCAAAUGCUGUUCAGAACUUGCAAAAGCUGCUGGAGCUGGUCCCUACGUGACCCGAAGUGAGGCCUGAGUGAUCCCUCCAGCUCAGCCUGGAGAGACUUCAUUCCUCCACAGCCCCGUGGGGAUGUGGGCGCCUCUCUUCCUUCCCUUCCUCUCUCCUUAUGCACCUGGAUGCUCCUGGCAGGGUGCAUUUUGCCCCAGAAGGGCUUUCUGAAGCUUGGCUUUGGCUUGUUUCACGUGCAGCGUUCAUUGUUGGUUUUUUCCUACAUGUUGGCCUUCAGGAGCUCAAAACCACCGACUUGUCCCUCUGGUCCACUUCUCCAGUGCCCUUAGCUUUGCUCUCUGUUGGGAAUCUGGCAGGAACAGCCCUUGUCCUCUGGCCUUGCAACUGGCAUCAAAGAGGAGAUGUAGCCCUGAGCCUUUGUGUAGGAGUCGGUGUUCUGAGCAGGACUCUGCGUCGGGGAUAGAUAGGUAAUACAUGAGUGGGAGGUCUAUAGACGAGCCCAUGUUCACAUGGUCACUGCAAAGGCUGAUGCACGUGUUGCACCAGCCUCUGCCCAUCGAUCUUUUAGGGGUUUUGAGUUUCUCCCCCUGGAAGACCAGGCAGUUAUGCAUCACUUUCCUGAGCUUCAUUGCUGCAUAAGCCUGGUCCAGGCACCGCAACAGGGAGCCCGAAUACAGUGUAUGGUCAUGGUGCACGUGGCAGGGACGGGGUCUGCUUCUAAGGAGGUUUGUUUCUGUGCACGUCCUGGGCGGGGAGGACUUCAGUCAGCAAGCUGCCAUCACAGUGCCGGGGAUGGAGCAUUAAAUUUGCCACCUAUGUAACAUUUUUCAAGUAGCAAUUAAUAAAUGGUGACCUAAAAGGGAAACGUAUAAGGACUAGAAAAAGCAACGCAGCAUCUGCAAAAGAAAUAGGCUGAGUGUGAAAGGAGCUGAGCUGCCCACUAGCCCAGCGCUUUCUGCUCCGGGCUGCAGAUGACCACACAUUUUGCUGCUAAGGAGGAAAGAAAGCGCUCUGGCACGACUCAUUGGGCUAUAAAGGGAAAACUACUCCUGACAGUAGUGCCACACUGAUGGAGAUGUUGUAACUGAGGGGUUUAGAGCAAAACAGUAUCAUAUUCGUGUAGCAUUUUCAUCACUUUAAUUUUCUGAAAUAUCGUCUCAUUUCAGGUAGCAACAACUGAAUAAAUUCACAUGGAAACUCACACAGUUGAAUAUUUCAAGCAGCUUUUCUGACUAUACGCAAAACUAAACCCGGAGGAAGGUGGAAUAGUCUGGGUGUGACUCUCAGACUGAGGGAGAUUUCAUUGACAUUUCAAGAGGUUAAGUGAAUGACUAAGAGUUCAGAGCGUCAGACCAAAAAUAUACCUUUACUUGCUCAGCAUUUCCUGUUAAAAAUGGGAGGUGCAGGCAUUUGUCCCUGCUCAUUAUAGAAACUAGCGGGAGAGCUCGGCUACAGCUUUCAUUCUAGAUCCUUGGUGCUGCUUUUUCCUUUUCCACCAAGCAUGAUUUUGCUGCCCCCCAUUAAUUUGAGUGGCACCAGAUCCCCCAAGCAGUUCUCCCUGGACCACUGCAAAAUAUAGGUGAGGAUGCAAUAGAGUUGCCUUAGUCAAAUGACUAUCACAUGAGGUGAGCGGCAGUAAAUUCCCAAGCACACACUCACUCUCUUGUACCAACUAGUGUUUGGUAGUGUGACGUAAAUUAAUUUGGAGGCUGAAAUGACAUUAUAGCUCUAGAAAUAAAACUUCAAAGGGCCAGAUCCCAUUUGGUCUGCUGCAGGUGUAAAUAAAUCCAGAGCCACCAAAGCCUAGAGAAGGACCUGAAUUCUCCUGUAUGGGUGGUGAUCUGCAAGCAGCAGUGCUAGCGGUCGCUGGAAGGUCCCUUCCUUUGGCUGAUGAGUUGCUGAUUAGCACAGGCUGCCGGCAAGGGAAACGAGCUGAGCCACUCUAGUAACCCAUGUGUGAGCUGUAGGAAAGGUUAAUGAGGCUGGUCUGUAGACCAGAGGUUGCUCAGCCCAGCCUGGUGGGAGGAAGUGGGGAGCUGUGGAAAGGUGAUUAUUUGGUGAAUACAAAGAUGCCUUGAAAUAAGGUAGGUCCUACAGGGUCAGAGAGAGGAGGACAGAGGAGUUUGGUACCUACGGGUCUCCACUUGCUUGCAUGGAGCAUCAGUACAAGGUAUGUGCCUGGGUUACUUCAUGUUGGGAGGCAGCAGUGCCUGACCAUCUUGAUGGUUUCACUGGUUUUAAAAAGCUUGCUUUGGUUUUUGCGUGCGACGUCCUAGGAGGAUGAUGAAGUAGUUGUGAGCCGGAUGGAUUUUGGGAGUUCCUGAGAGCAUUUGUCAUGUUAUGGUGGUUCAGAAGCUGAAGUAGUGGCCGACUUCCUCCUGUGCCUGUGGGAGCAAACCUUAAAAGCAAUUUUAUUUUGAGAUGCUUACAGUAGAAGCUAGGCUAGCCCAGCUUUCUGUAGUUGUAUUGCCCUGGCAGCGCCAAGGUAGGCAGCAACGAUGGAGGCAGCACAGAAACGGUGAGCCUUUAUUGCAGAAGGCCUGACGCAGGCUCUACACCUUGCAUGUUUUGAGCUCCCCUCAGGAGCCCAAAUUUUGUGAGGCUGGGUCCUGCUUCAUAAGUAGCGUCACCAAUGGCUACAGACUGAUUUGGUCCAGGUUUAUCUUUUCCUAAGUAUGGUCACGUCUGGAAGGCAGUUCAGCUCACCUGGGCACAGCAAAGGGUGGUGGAGCUCUUCCCUGCCCACUGCACGUGGAGCCUGGCGGCUUCCUGACAACCAAGCUCUGCCUCUUAUCUCCUCCGGACACAUGCCAGCCUCAGACUUCCCCUGGCCAGGUGACAUAGGGACAGCUGAUGUGCAGCCCAUGGUCCCUGCGGUGGCUGUGGCUGGUGAGACCCCACAGCGGUCUGCAGGGGAGCUCUGUCCUCCUCCUGGCAGCUUCUGAGAGGAGAGGUGGCUCCUGGUGGGGCACGGAAGAGUUUUUAAGUUCAGUUUCUACCUUUUAGCAGCUGCUGGAAUAAAAGCUUAAAGCAGGGCCCCGCUCGUGGAGGCUGAGGGCGGCACGUCUGGUGUUAGGCCUCUCCUCUUUGCUCCCCAUGGCGAAGGCUUUUAAAAUAUCCACAGCCAAAUUAUUCUCCUUUCCUAUUUUCUGUGACCUGUUUCCCUCAGGGCAAAGCCUCUGCUUUGUCCCGUGGGCUUGUUAGGAGGAUUUAUCUGGCAAAUUGUCCAUUUGGUCACUUGGCUUUGCAGUGUUGUUGCACCAAGCAGUGCUGCAAACGGCCUAAAAAAAAAAAAAAAAAAAAAAAAAGAAGGAGCUGCGAUAUAGGAGGAGUAUUUUGUCUUUUGGAGAGCUGCUAAAAUCCUCUGAGGAUCAAACACAACUAAAUAACUGUCCUGGAAAUAAACUUCCAAGAAUCGGGUCAUGGCAGCAGUGGGUUGAAUGACUCCUGGUGCAGCAGGGGUGGAAGCUGGAUCACAGAUCACACGAGGUAACCUGCCUUGGUCUUGGCAUUCUUGAGCCCUCAUGGGAAUUGGUGCUCAGCAUUCCUAGAAAAGGUCAGAAAAGGAUCAGCCCAGGGGACUUCAAGGUUUUCCUAGACAUCUAAAUGCCUUCAUUGCAGAAUUAGUUGAUUUUUGGUUUUAAAACUGGUGUCUUGAAGGAGCUCGCUGGGCAUGGGCAGGAG